UGGAGCUGAAGCAUGGACCUGUCUGCUGCUGUGUUUCUCUCCUUGGGAUGGCUGCUGCUGCGGUUUGCUGCGGGGGAACUGGAUUACCUUUCUUAUGGGCACGGGAUGCAACUGCAGGGCAACUUCACCCUCGCUGGAUUCUUUCCUCUCCACUACCUGACAACACAAAUCAAUGGUCUGCCUGCUUUGGUACCGUGCAAUGAAGGUACAGCCAACAAACAUGGCUAUUAUCUUUUGCAAGCAAUGAGAUUUGCUGUGGAAGAAAUCAACAACAGCACCGGACCCCAGCCUCUUUUACCAGGAGUGACGCUGGGCUACCAGAUGUAUGACAUCUGCUCCAGAGAGGCCAGCAUCCUGGCCUCUCUGGACCUGCUGAAGCAGCAGUAUCAAAGCCCCUCUGAGACUGAGGAGGACACAAACUACAACAACAGUCGCCAUGCAGUGGCUUUGAUUGGCCCCGACAGCAGCAGCAAUUCUUUCGGCCCUGCUGCUUUACUGGGGGCCCAUCUUAUACCUCAAAUAUCCUUUGAAGCCUCAAAUGAAAUGCUAAGCAACAAGUUCCGCUAUCCAUCCUUUCUCCGCACAAUUCCCAGCGACAAGAACCAGGUGGCAGCUAUGAUCCAGCUUAUGGUCCGUUUCAACUGGACCUGGGUUGCUAUCUUGGGCAGCGACAACAACUAUGGUCUGGAGGGCAUGCGGAGCCUCUCAGAGCAAGCACCAAAAUACGGCAUCUGCAUUGCCUACCAGGGAGUUAUCCCUGCGUACCGUAAAGACACGGUCCAGACAAUGAGGAAUGUGGUGGAUAAGCUACUGAAGACUAAGGUCACCACCACCGUGGUUUUCUCCAGCAAGUCAAAACUGAAAAACUUCUUCCCGUUUGUCAUUGAGCGGAACGUGACAGGUAAAGUGUGGAUUGGGACGGAGGACUGGUCAACUUCUUCUGUCAUAUCAGGGAUUCGUGGGAUCCACACUAUUGGGACUGUGCUUGGCGUGUCCAUCAAAUAUGCAGCCAUGCCUGGUUUUGAAGAGUUUGAGACAAAGGUAGUUGAGGCUGCAAUGCAACAGAGUGACACAUACGAAGUCUCUAACAUUACAAAUGACUGUCUACAGGGCACUGACCUGUACAGCCUCGCCAGGAAUAAGUUUAUUCUCGAGAAAAACGACAUCACUUCCUCCUUGAAUGUGUACAAGGCGGUGUACUCUGUGGCUCAUGCUCUGCACCGUGCACUUGGUUGUGAUUCUGGAGAGUGCCAAAUGAGGGACGUGUAUCCAUGGGAGCUGCUCUGGUUGAUAAAGGAUGUGCAUUUCUAUCUGGGCAACACCUCUGUGUACUACGACAGUAACGGUGACCCGCCCACAGGAUAUGACAUUGUGCUCUGGGUUUGGAAUGGCACUGAGUGUUCGCUCAGAGAGUUGGGCUCUUUCAGCCCAGAUCCAAUUACGCUCACAAUUGAUGCUGAUCUGAUUUACUGGGAUGGCACAGGAGAUUCAAGAUCGGUGCCGCUGUCAAUCUGCUCUCCACCGUGCCCGUUUGGCCACAAGAAGCUGCACACAGGGCACCACAUAUGCUGCUUCGACUGCCAGGCCUGCCCCUCCGCUACGUUUCUCAAUACUAGUGAGCCCACUACAUGCCAGCCAUGUCUCCCAGAGGAGUGGGCACCCCCAAAGAGCGAGCAGUGUCUGAAAAGGACUGUCCUGCUGCUGCCCUGGGACGCCCCCCUCUCCAUCGCCCUGCUGUUUUUCCUGGCCACCUGUCUUCUCAUGACCUCCAGUUCUGCAAUAAUCCUCCUGCUCAACCUGAACACGCCUGUUGCCAAGUCUGCUGGAGGGCGCACCUGCCUCCUGAUGCUGGCAGCCCUGACUGCCAGUGCCAUGAGCACUUUGUGCCAUUUUGGCCAGCCGUCUCCUCUGGCCUGCAUCCUCAAGCAGCCUCUAUUCGUCUUCAGCUUCACUGUGUGCCUGGCCUGCAUCACCGUGCGCUCUAUUCAGGUUGUGUGCAUUUUCAAAUUUGCAUCCAAGCUGCCGCCGGCCUAUGACAAAUGGGCCAAAAACAACGGGCCAGAGUACACCAUUUUUCUGGUGUCCGUCACCAUCUUGCUAAUUUCUGUAUUCCGUGUGGCCCUUAACCCCCCCAAGCCCUCAAAGGAUCUGAACUUCUACGAGCACAGCAUUGUGUUGGAGUGCAGUAACACCCUCUCCCCUGGUGCGCUCAAUGAGCUCGCUUAUGUGUCCCUGCUCAGCGCCCUCUGCUUCACUUUCAGCUAUAUGGGCAAAGACCUGCCAGCCAACUACAACGAGGCCAAGAGUGUGACCUUCAGCCUCAUGGUGUACAUGAUGUCCUGGAUGAGCUUCUUCACCCUCUACCUCAUCAGCAGAGGCCCGUUCACCACUGCCGCCCAUGUGUUCGCCAUACUCUUCAGCGUCCUGGCCUUCCUCAUGGGCUACUUCUUUCCCAAAAUCUAUAUUAUUGCCCUGAAGCCCCAAAUGAACACAAACGCACAUUUCCAGAACUGUAUUCAAAUGUAUACCAUGAACAAAUAA